UUGCUGAAAGAAAUCCAAACAAACGUAUUGCCGUCUUGGUUGAAACAACUCGAAAAACGUGUGAUACCAAAUUAUGCAGACGAACGGCGUAAUGAGAAGUAUUUGGAAAUUUUGGAAGCUGAUUAUCGCCAUGGACAGGCUUAUUCAUCAUCAUCACCAUCUUCGCUAAGUCUUCCAUUUGCCGAAGCUGCCCUUAUGCAGUUCCGUUUAUCAUCACCAUCUACGCCUGAAGAACUGCUUGCAGAAGCUGCAUAUAUGUUUUUACGUGUUUUCAAAAAAUCGAUGAGCAAUGACUACGAGUUAUUGCUCGAUUUGCUUGACAAUGUGUUGGCAUGUAUGCAUAUUGCAAGCCAUCAUUUACAGCUAAUCAUCAGUGGAAUAGUGCAACUUUAUGAGCGUUCUGGUAGUUCGCUACAACUGCACACACUGAUUCUCGUCAAUUCUUUAAAGUUAAUGCUUCUCAUGUUAUCAAAAUUACCAUGA